UCGAUUCGCGAGCAGUGUGACCGUCAGUGCGCCUGCGCUGGCCGGACAAGAUGGCGGAUGACAAGGGCUCCCCAAGUCUUAAGGACCUAGCCUUUCUGAAAGGUCAGCUAGAAGGCCUGCAGCGUAAACUGGAGACAGAAGUACAGGCUGGAGUGUCUCAGGACGGCAGUCUUCUGAGCUCUCCGUUUCUCAAGGGAUUCCUAGCUGGCUAUAUUGUUUCCAAACUCAGGGCUUCUGCGUUCCUUGGCUUUGUGGUAGGAGCUUGCACAGGAAUUUAUGCUGCCCAAGCCUAUGCAGUACCCAAUGUUGAGAAGACGAUCAAGGACUACCUUGGUUCCUUAAAGAAAGGGCCGGAUUAGACUGGAUGGAAAGUGCUGACACUCCAUUAACCGCUCCCUCGAUGCUUUAAGUGCUUUAUUGGAACUAUGCUGGGUACUUGAUCUCUCAUACUGCAGUGUGUGCAGUUGUCUCCCCUGAAUCUGCAGUAGGUGGUAGGGGUUAGCUCAGCAGGCAGAAGAUGCUGCUAAGUGCUUUCUUUCAUCUUACAGGUCUAUAUGUAAUACAAAGUGUGUUUUGGAUGAAAUGUUACAGAGCCGUAGCAAAAAGGCAGCGCAAACCAUUGAAUGGCAGCCAUUGAAAUAAUCCGGGAUCUAACUCUGCAGCAUCUGCACCAGAACACUCAUUCUUUCCCGGUCAGAUUCCACGUAUAUAUCGUACAAAUGGCUUUCAUUCAGUACCUGACAUGUAUUCUUUGCAUUUAAGGCUUUAUUUCUGUAUCUUUUUGCACAGACACAUUUUAAUUUGUAUAUAAUAAAUGAAAUGAGAUGAU